AUGAAACAGGCCCAAUUUCUGCAUCGCAUCCUCAACUCCGAUGAGAAAGCAGACUUGAAAACAAACCAGCCUCGCAAUACCGUUGCCGUCAUGUCGACGAUUGAGCUGGGUCCGAAUUGGCGCAAAACUCUUCCGGAAAAGCCUCGGAUCCCGAAUUCCAUUCCCGAGACAAGGUCCGCAUAUGCUCAGCAGAGUCUAGAAGCGAAUCGGUACAGCCAAAUGAGCGGAACUACAGAUUACAAGAGUCGCCUGGCAUGUGAAUGCCAAUUUCGACUUGACUGUAUCCAGGGUCUUCGCUGUCUCGAAAGCCAACAGGCCAACUUUCCACCAGCCAAGGACUUGAGGGGAGGGCACAAACGAGGUCUUCAAAUCUUUACCUCCGCCAUCGUUUAUACUCCGGAUUUGCCGGUGUCGGUUGACUUUUUGGCGCUUUUUGUUACACUCCUGCGGAAGGCAAGAUAUCCUGAAAACAGCGGAAAAUGCAACUCGGCCAUGGGAAAAGCACUUGGAGCUUAUGAAGGAGUGGGCUUUGGCCAAAUAGUCUUCGAAGGAAUAGGCUUUGAGACUACC